AUGUACGAAUAUCGUGCGCCAGAGCUGGCUGUCAACACAGGAUCUGCGCUAGCCACUAAAGUCGGAGCCUUUGCGACCGCUUUCGAGUACACCGACGAACAGGCCAUCACCCCCACAGCUGUAACCCGCCAUCACGGCCGGGCCACCAGCAACACGCAGGAUUACGAUCGCUUGAAUCCCUCGCCCCUCAAAAAGAUGGCCACCGGAUAUGCCGUCAGCCCCGAACCCCCGGCGCUCUUCGUCCGGGCCAUGUACGAUUACGAUGCCGAUGACCACACGAGUUUGAGCUUCCGUCGCGGCGACAUUAUCCAGGUCUUGAACCAGCUGGAAACCGGGUGGUGGGAUGGAGUCAUCGAUAACACCCGUGGCUGGUUCCCGAGUAAUUACUGCACCAUUAUCACUGAGGCUGACGACUUUGGCGAGCACAUGAUCCAUGUCCAUGAUGAGACCGAUAUGAGCGCCGAAUCAGGUCUGGAGGAUGAAUAUGGGAAUGGCCAUGAUGAAGAAGAGGAAGAGGAAGAGCUGGACUCGGAAGGCAACCCGCGCGAUUCGUUGCCCAUUCUUCCAAUUGAGGGUAUCCCCGCGCCCAAGGAGCAGGAAGAGGCCGCUUUUUGGAUCCCCCAGGCCACGCCCGACGGCCGCUUGUUCUACUUUAAUACUUUGACCGGUUACUCGACGAUGGAAUUGCCAUUUGAGAACCCUACAGCGGCGUCUGAUAUGGGUCCACGAGACCGAAACAACUUCUUCGUACCUGACCAGACACGACCACCCCCUGAGCUGAUGGCCCGCGGGUUCGAGCGAGAUGAGGAUGAAUAUGACGGAUCGGCCUCGGAAGCGGAGGGAGAAUCACUGAUGCUGACCUCGCACGACUCGAUCUCUCGACGACGCCAAUCUUUUAUGGACGGGGUUUCCCCAGCCACCUCGAUGGAUUCUCUAUACCCCCCUCCUGGAUCUAAAGACUACAAACCCUCUCCGCAAAUGACUAAAAGUCAAACGACAUUUAGCAGUGGUGGAGCCACUAGCGUCAACACCUCAAUCACUGAGAGCUUUUCUCGACCUUCCAUAUCAUCGGGGACGCCACAGCAUUUCGUGGAUGAUGGAUUCGCACCCCCGGUUACAUGGCCACUACUCGUGGACAAUAUGCGAUUUGCAGUCGACACAUAUCGGCAAACAUUACAUACUGGCGAGCGAUCAGAGUAUGUUCGACGCGCGGAAGACAUUUCCGACCACCUGCGCAUGCUUCUGGCCGCUGGGUCCGAUACAACAGACAACCAUUCGGGCAACCCAUCCAUCAUCUCCACCAACAAGGCAUUAUACCCCUACUUCCGCGAUAUGAUGUCCAAAUUUUCCAAGCUUGUCCUUUCAUCUCAUAUUGCUGCCGCUGAUUGGCCAGGCUCUGAUUCUGUCAAUAAAUGCAUGCAAGAGGCCGAUGGCGUCAUGCAAGGAGUAUACGGUUAUGUCGAUGUCGCACGGCAGCAGCGCGGGGAAAAUAUCCACCGCAUUGUCCCCGGUUUCGUCAGUGGCAGCUCCUGUGGUGGUAGUUGGCAGAAUAACGGCGUGUCUCUGGAUGCAUCGGGUCCGACCUCGUUCCUCGUUCCGGAAGGCGGCGAUUCGCGAAUUGAACCUUCAGUGUCCCUUGACUCCGCACACCUCGAUCACAUUGACAUUCUUCGGAGAUCCUUCGUGGGUACAAUUCGCCGAUUGGAAGAGCGGUUAUCUCUUAACCUUAAGAUUGUCACAAGGCUCGAGCACGAAGAGAUUUCGGAUGCCGUUUCGGCCGCCGCAAUCAAGGUCGUGGAACAAUUCCGCCCAUGGAUCUCCACUGUCGAGUCUAUCAAUCUUGUGCCCCUGGGCACAAGUUUCCAGAACCCCCAGCUUGUUGACUUUAGUUUGCAAAAGCAAAGGGUCUACGAUGGUAUUGGCGAUUUUGUUCUGAGCUGCCAAGCGAUCUCUGCUCCCCUCGCCGAUGAGUGGGCAGAGCUCCGCGGUGACUCCCUGGAUGACCGGAUAACUGCUGUGCGAAUGGUAGCAAAGCAACUUGAGAAUUAUGUUUCACAGAUCGGCUUCUCGUUAUCAUUGCUUCUUGAGCAGAUCCCUGAAGAGGCCAAUGGUGCUCUUCGAAGCGAGAGUCGCUUAGAUGAGGAGGACGAGUCCCAAAAGGGCACUCACAACCGUUCCGAAUCUCAAGCCAAGAUCGCUACAGAGUCUAUUGGUAUCCCCUCAUCCUAUGCAUUGGGCAAAGGAACCGAAAAGGUGCGCCGUAAUAUGGACAAGGCCCAGAGAUUCUUUGGCCAAGCACCCCCAGCAGCCAUUACUCGUGAACCGGUUUCUCGGGAGCCUGUCAAGGAACCUGAAGAGACACCAUGGUUCUUGAAAAUGGACCACGAGGGCGAGGUGUUCCACGACACUAAGAAUGACACGCCGAUUCUCAAAUGUGGAACCUUGUCUGGACUGGUCGAACACCUCACCCGCCAUGACAAGCUGGAUGCGUCCUUCAACAACACUUUCCUCCUUACCUAUCGCUCAUUUACCACUGCCUCAGAGCUAUUUGAGAUGCUCGUGCAGCGUUUUAAUAUUCAGCCUCCAUUUGGCUUAACCGCCGAAGACAUGCAAAUGUGGAUUGACCGGAAGCAAAAGCCUAUCCGUUUCCGAGUCGUUAACAUAUUGAAGAGUUGGUUUGAUCAAUUCUGGAUGGAGCCAAACGAUGAAGUGAACAUGGAUCUCAUGCAGCGCGUUCAUGACUUUACCAAGGAUUCUAUCGCCACCACAAAAACCCCAGGUGCUCCUGCAUUAAUUGCCGUACUCGAGCAACGCCUCCGUGGCCAAGACACAACCAACAAGCGUCUAGUCCCCACCCAGAACACCGCAUCUCCACAGCCGAUCAUUCCAAAGAAUAUGAAGAAGCUUAAAUUCCUGGACAUCGAUCCUACGGAGUUUGCUCGGCAGUUGACAAUCAUUGAAUCACGUCUCUACUCCAAGAUCAAACCUACCGAGUGUUUGAACAAAACAUGGCAGAAGAAGGUCGGCCCCGGUGAACCAGAACCGGCUUCUAACGUGAAGGCCUUGAUUCUGCACUCCAACCAGUUGACAAACUGGGUUGCGGAGAUGAUCUUGAUGCAAGGUGACGUCAAAAAGCGCGUGGUAGUAAUCAAACACUUUGUAAAUAUUGCUGAUCGAUGCCGCACUCUCAACAACUACUCGACUUUGACAUCCAUAAUCUCCGCACUUGGAACCGCCCCUAUCCAUCGACUAGGCCGCACGUGGGGCCAGGUUAGUGGUCGUACAUCUGCUAUCUUAGAGCAGAUGCGCCGCCUAAUGGCAAGCACCAAGAACUUUGGCGAAUACCGUGUCUAUCUUACGGACUUGACUUUCAUCGAAGACGGUAUCCCUUCACUGACACCAUCGGAGCUAAUCAACUUCAACAAGCGGGCAAAGACCGCCGAAGUCAUCCGGGACAUUCAACAAUACCAGAACGUCCCCUAUCUCCUUCAACCCGUACCCGAGCUCCAGGAUUAUAUCCUCAGUAACCUCCAAUCUGCGGGUGACGUACACGACAUGUAUGACCGGAGUCUCGAAAUCGAACCCCGGGAGCGCGAAGAUGAAAAGAUUGCAAGGUAUGCUGAAACCACACACAGAGAGAAAGGCUCCUUGCUUUUUGCAAGUACCGUCGCUAUUUUGCGAUGA